UCUUGUUCACUCUUGGUCACCUAGUUCUUUUUUUUUUGAAGAAAUGUCCACUGUUUCACGGAUCACGGAACGAAUUUUCAUGAAAUAUGCACAUGUUGUUAUUGACUAUCCGAUAAUAUGUAUAGUUCUAACUGGUACAAUUUCUGUGAUUUUAACGUCUUGGGCACUGUCUUUCAAUUAUCAAGUAAUUGAUUUCGAUCCGACAAAAGGAUUUGAAACUCGAGGAAGUCCAUUAUCAUCUGCACGAAUGACACUAGAAGCGAUGAAACCACAUCAAGCUUCAAAUGAAAAUAUUCUUCGGUGGUAUUUUGAACAAGAUCCUGGGCGUCGAAAGAGAUAUAUCAAGAAUGAUACAACAACCACGCUUGACCCAAUUACCGUUAAUUAUGAUGAUUACGGUGUCGAUUCUGAACCUAACUCCUCCGAUUUGGAAGAUCCAUGUGAAAUGUAUGGGGCUAUUGGGAAGGCUCUACCUUACGAUAUGAUAGAAUAUCUAGGAAAAAUUAUGAUACGAGUGUCUAGUUAUGAUGAUCUCUUCAGUUUGAACGUCAUGAAACACCUUUGUCAAAUUGAUUCCAUUGUCGACAACUUAAUUAUUGAAUCUAACUACACAAAUCCCAUCCAAGCUUUAAAACAUUCUUUAAACAUCCCAUAUUACACAACUUGCCCCAAUAUGACUACUCAAAAUUCCUGUGAAGCAUUAAAUGAAAAUGACAUUUUAAAUUUUCGAUAUUUACUACAAAAAUGCAAGAUCAAUUCAACAGAUGAAGUUUGCUCGGCAUUUUCCAUUAACCAAGUGAACAAUUGGCUUUUAACAAAAGGAAAUUCUUCAGAUUUUAUUAUUGUUGUUGUGUUGAAAGUAACAAUGUGGAAUGGAGCUGAGAAUAGAGACUUCUAUGAUGAUUUAAUUGAUAAAUUGAAGGACCACCUCGAAAGAAAUCCACAUACACGAAUGGCUGGAAUAGCAUUGAACAUGAAAAAUAAAGUGUUUCAAGAAAGAAUUCAAACCGACAGCUUAUUUGCUGCAUUUUCAGCUCUUCUUGUAUUUUCAUGUUUUUUGAUCUACUCAAGAAGUAUAAUAUUCACCUGUAUAAUUCUGAUGGUUGUCACGUUAUCAUCUGGUGUGGCUUUCUUCAUUUAUACUGUAGUCCUUGGGAUUGAUUUCUUUCCAUUUAUCAAUCUUCUGGUUGUUGUGAUAUUGAUAUCAAUUGGAGCAGAUGAUGCGUUUCUUCUUUUAGUCUAUUACAGGAGAGAAGUUGAGAGAAUGUCACACUUGGAGUAUAAAGUUGGUUCAAUUUAUAUUCCUCUUUACCGAGAAUCUGAUCUAUUGUCUCGUAGUCUGCGUCUAUCAUUACAUCAUUCUCUCGUCUCCAUGUUUGUAACUUCACUCACAACUGCUUCAACUUUUCUUACAAAUCUUUCAAGUCCAGUCAUUGUUUUGAGAUGUUUUGGAGUAUAUGCAGCACUUACUGUUACUGUAAACUAUAUUCUGGUAGUUUUAAUUUUACCCGGAGCAAUUAUUCUCUCACGUCCAAUCAGAAAGAAGCUUUCACGCGGAGAUGAAGAACCUGAAAAGAUUGAAAGUCAUUCAUAUUUUGCUUCUAAGAUCACGGAGACCACUCACUAUUUCCGCUUUGGAAUUUUUAUUUGCAGUUUAAUUAUGACGGGAUUGUCUCUUUUCAUCAUUUUUCAGAAUCCGGGAUUGAAAACUCCGCAAACAAAUCCGACUAAACUUCUUGUAGACUCAAAUAUUCACGAGUAUUUUGACAACAACGUUCAUCAUUUCAAUUUUCAAUGGCAAAGAUCGGCGAGAUUAGUGAAAAAUUUUGUUUUUGGAGUUGAUGCUAUAAAAGAAACUUCAACACUGAGUCCGUAUAAUAAACCAUCGAAAAACUUUUCACAGGCGCACUACAGCCUUGACACAGAUAAAUUAGACUUCUAUAGAAGAAUCGUGAACUUGGAAUCAAAAAAGUAUCAACUCGUUAACUAUACUCACGUGUCAUGGGCUGAUAAAAUACUACAAGCUAAUGAGUCUUGUUUCUCGGAGAAUAAAACAAUUAUCCAUGAAUGCAUUCUAUCAGCAUCCGUUCGAAAUAAGAAUUUGAUUCAUCAAUUUCCUGACGAUUUUUCGGUAAUUCCAGGAGAUGGUCCUUUUAUUGAUCAGGAUCUCAAAGUAGUUGGAUAUUUUAUAUCAAUCCCAUCAAAUCAAAAACUGCAAGUUGAUACAGAAAUGAUUGGGAGUUUUUUCCAAGAAAUUGAGGAAUCCUGUAAACAAAUUAAAAAUGCUACAUCUGAUUCAGUCCUUUGUCUUUCCUCGACAGAGAUUACCAGAUUUUACGACAUAGUCUCCCAACUCAGAUCGUCGAGUUUCACUUCAGUUGCAAUUUCUUUGGGAAUAUGUCUCAUUGUGAUUAUUGCUUGCACGCGUGUUAUCAAACUCUCAAUUAUUUCUUCCGUUAUUAUAUUCUUCGUAAUACUUUGGACCGUGGCCAGCCUCAUUUUGUUAGGAUGGCAAUUGUCUGUAGUUGAGUCAACCAUUUUAAUAAUCACAAUUGGGCUCAGUUUUGAUUACACUUUGCACUAUGUAGUUGCUAUUCGUGACACGAAGUGUGUACCAGCAUCUGAAAAACUGACUUCUGCUCAUUCGACGGCAGGUAUUGCAUGUGUUUUCGGUUCCCUGACUCUAUUUCUUGCUGGAUGCCCUCUUCUUUUUUCACAAACAGCGUCGUUUUAUCAGAUAGGCACAAUGCUCGUUAUUCUUGGAAUAACAUCACUUUUCGGUGCUUCUAUAGUUUUGCCUUCAUUUUUAAUGGUAUUUUCUUGUGGAGAUCGUUUACAGUCAACAAAACUAUAAACAAAGAUUAUUUAUUAUGAUAGUUGUUAUCAAAUAGACAACUCAUAUGACUUGUAAUGUGAUAUUCAUUAUUAAAAUGUACAGAAUACAUAAUUUUCGGUCCUU